ACGUACGUACGGCGCAGACACGUCAGUGACGUAGUGAAUUCAGGGCGGUGAGUUUAAAGAGUCUCAGUGGUUGUUGGAGGUUUGGAGGCAAAAAGAGAAGAACUCCUCUCUAACUCACACAUCACACGGUUAGGACUCAACCGGAGGAGAUGCCGAAACACAGCAUGCCACUGCAGGAUCUGCCCUGCCUCAGUCUGCAGGGCUCCAUGUUGUCUCAGUCCUCCAAGAGGAUCAACAAACGCAAGUCCAGAGGCAGCCUCCUCAGUGAAGGUCUAGACAUUGAAUGCACCCCAACAGAGCUCAUCCAGCAGUGGUCACCACGACACAAGCACCAGCGGCUCCUCAGCAAGGGGAAAGAGAAUGAUGACGGCAGCCAGUUUGUCCUUGCCAGGAGAUCAAGGAGGAAAAAAGAAGCCACGUCCUGUAUUUCAUGGGACCACCUACCUGACGAGCUGCUUCUCAGGAUCCUCUUCUAUAUCCCACUGCAGGACCUCCUUAAGAUGUCGACAGUUUGCCAGCGCUGGCAUCGCUUGGCGUUUGAUGAGUCUCUGUGGCACAGCGUGGAUCUGGAGGGGUUGACCCACGCGGGUCCGGCUCUGCAGCAGGUGCUGAAGACCGGAAUCCGCAUGCUGCGCUGCCCUCGCUCCUUCGUGGAAGAGCUGCAUUUCACAGGCUCGAGCCCUCUGCAGAUGGUUCUAAUGGAUCUGUCCAGCUCCAUCAUCCCCACCUCAUCUCUGGAGAGCAUCAUCAGUCACUGCAGUCUGCUGGAGUGUCUGAGCCUGGAGGGUCUGCAGCUCUCCGACACCAUCAUCAGCUCUGUGGCCAAAAACCCAAACCUGCUGCAGCUCAACCUGAGCGGCUGCUCCGGCUUCUCUGCUGACGCUCUGACUGACAUGCUCCAAUCCUGCAGCAGUAUGGAGCAGUUGAACAUAUCAUGGUGUGACUUCGACAAUAAUCAUGUGAAGAGCGUUGUUAAUAAUGUGAGCUCCAGUGUUACUGACCUCAACCUCAGCGGAUACAGAGAGAGCCUCAUGCUGGACGACGUGAAGGUGCUGGUGACGAGAUGCCCCCAUAUUCAAUCACUAGAUUUAAGUGACAGCACUCUGCUGAUGGCCGACAGCUUCCCUGUCCUUAAACAACUGAAGCAUCUGCUGCAUCUCAGCCUGAGUCGCUGCUACCACAUCCACCUCGCUGCUCUCACUGACUUGGGCAAGACGUUCCCCAUGCUGAGCCUGCUGGACGUGUUCGGCAUCGUGAAUGGCAGCCACCUGUCCUCUCUGAAGAAGGAGAUGCCUCGCGUCAGCAUCAACUCCAGGCCGUUCUCCAGCAUCGCCCGGCCCACGCCCGCCACCAGGCUCAUCGGCUACUUCAUGUGGAACAGGAAGUGUCGGCUGAGGUUCAAACUGUAACCACCACACCUCCAUGUUAUUAAGCUGAGUUAGCUCCUGUUUGAUCCCAUUGUGGUGAUGGAGCCAUGUUACAGUGUUUUCUUGCUGCUACAGAAGAUGUUUUUAGUGUUGGCAGGCAUUAAGGGUACUAAAGGGUACUAAAGGUCACAUCCUGCACCAAGCCUUUAAGUACUGAACAUGAAAGCUUGAAGAGAAAUGUUUAGAUUUGGAGGUGAAUCCAGUUCUGGCAUGUGUUAACACAAACAUUUUAAUGGGUUUUUGAAUCUGUUUUUGGUUCUAAUAAUGUGUUAAUUUAAAAUAUUUUGUAAGGGAAAUGUGGUUUAAAAGACUCAAUUAUCAGCUGUAAAAUGUCUAUAAAAGGUUCCUCAGACAUUUGAAUAAUACUGAUGUGCAGAAACAUCCUGUUCUCAGCUCUAAUAAUGGAAGAACGGAUGAUUUUAAUGAUUGUAAAAUGACGAUAUUCCUGUUGAACCCCAGUGUUGCUGAAAAGUCAGCCUCUUCUUUCCAGCGAGACACUAGUUGCUUUUAUGAUGAGCUCAUUAUGUCACUGUUCAUGUGUCAGUGUAGAUGUGCUGUAUGUUCAGUGCUCUACAUCACCAUUUAUAUGCUGUAUAUAUAUCAUUCCAUUCAAAUGUCCUACAGACUGAAUGUUCAUGGAACAUGAGAUUUAACUUGUGAACUGAGUUUUAACCAGUAAAACCACUGACUGUUGUGUGUCUGAGCUGGUUCUCGUGGGUUGAAGUGCUAGCUGUUGUCAAACUGAGACAAAAAGUUAAUUCAUCCUUGGAAGAAAUAGUUUGAUUAAAAAAAAAGUCUUGCA